UUCUGGUCAAAUAAAGGAGAAAUACCAUGGCUACCAUACGGACAAUUGGGGCAAGAGCCCAAGGGCCCUUGAGAAGAGAGGGGCCCUCAAUGGUUAGAGAAAAAAAAAGGUGUGCUCUAGAGAUACACAACACAAAUCUCUUUAUGUUGAUAAUUAUGGUCACUGUCAGAAACCUACUACAGUAUGUCCAAAACAUGUGUGUCUAUGUGCACCCCUGGUAUAAACCUUGUUAACCAGAAAAGUAUACGGUUGCCAUGGAUACCAAGUACAUUUCAGACCUCUCAAGUCUCAGGCAUUGGCCGUGAGACACGCAUUUCAAGCUGCUCUCACGUUCACACGCCACACAUGACAUUUUUUCACGCCGGGAAGUGAUAGAUCUCACCGGACAGAAAUUAUUAUACAGAAGAGAACAGGAACGUAUAUUUAUCCCGCUGUCCCGGUGGGAUACGGGAGUCCUCUGCAUAUCUCCAGACGCUCCCCUCUGACACUCAGUCCGCCCCCCCCCCCUCCCCCUCAACACACACACACACACACACACACACACACACACACACACACACACACACACACACACACACACACACACACACACACACACACACACACACACACACACAUGGCUGUCUACAGCAGGGUACAGAUAGAUGUACUAAUGCCUUGAUAAAUAGCCUACAUGUGUCCCCUAUCACUUACACUGAAAGCACAUUUUAAGGGGAUCUAUUAAUAGUCAGUAUGAACAGGAGGAAUGAUUGAAAGGAGAAACCUAUUUCACUGUUCACAUGGACAUCAUCAUAAAAAGUAAGCAUAUCUGAAAAUAGAAAAAUAGCUUAUUUCCUGAAUAAAAUGUGCCUUGACAGUUGUCACCCACACAGUGAAUCAGUGGGUGUUGCUCUUUGAGAAUUACAAUAAAUUCAUCCAUCCGAGGAAAAGGGGCAGUUGGGUCGCCACUUCCAGGACUCUGUGCCCCUCCAUCCCACAUUCACUUGUGAGCUCAACAACGACUCUAUUGUACAAGCAGAGAGGCUGAUCCUACUCCUACUUCUGCGGGUCCCCACUUCUCCACAAUUAACGGACCUCCCGCUGCACGGAAAGACAGAGCGGAGUGGGACGGACUUGGAUGUUAGUCAGGAGCCCCCGAUGCAGCACAGAGCCACAAUCUCACCAGCAAACAUAGCAACAUGACCAAGAAACUAUGUGGAACCAAUUACCCAGUCAGCAUCUGCUUCAUAGUGGUGAACGAGUUCUGCGAACGCUUCUCCUACUAUGGCAUGAAAGCGGUGCUGACGCUUUACUUCCUAACCUAUCUGCACUGGGACAAGGACCUCUCCACCGCCAUCUACCAUGCCUUUAGCAGCCUCUGUUACUUCACACCCAUACUGGGAGCUCUCAUUGCUGACUCCUGGCUCGGAAAAUUCAAGACCAUCGUCUACUUGUCCAUCGUAUAUGUCAUCGGCCAUGUGGUCAAGUCGGUCGGAGCCAUUCCACUGGUGGGAGACAGCAACAUGCACAUCGCUCUGUCCAUGGUGGGUUUGAUACUCAUCGCCUUCGGCACUGGAGGAAUCAAACCUUGCGUGGCGGCAUUUGGAGGAGACCAGUUUGAUGAGGAGGACAUUAGUGAGAGACAGAAAUUCUUCUCCAUUUUCUACAUGUCAAUCAAUGCUGGGAGCCUCUUGUCUACCGUGAUUACACCCAUGCUGAGAGCCGAUGUGCAGUGUUUCGGUGGUGACUGCUACGCUCUGGCCUUCGGGGUUCCUGCAGCUUUGAUGAUCGUGGCUUUAGUUGUGUUCAUUUCUGGCAGCGGCAUGUAUAAGAGAAGUCCUCCUCAGGGAAACAUCUUGUUGGAAGUCUGUAAUUGCAUUGGGUUUGCUAUCAAAAAUCGCUGGAGGAGAUCGAAGGAUGAGGCUGAAAGGAAGCACUGGUUGGACUGGGCUGAGGAGAAGUACUCGAAACGUCUGAUCCAGGAAAUUAAAAUGGUUCUGCGGGUUUUGGUGCUCUACAUCCCCCUGCCGAUGUUCUGGGCUCUGUUUGAUCAGCAGGGUUCACGCUGGACACUCCAAGCCAUCGGGAUGAACAUGUCUUUUGGAGAGUCUUUCGUCAUUAAACCUGACCAGAUGCAGAUGCUGAAUGCGCUGCUGAUUCUUGUUUUCGUGCCCAUCUUUGACCUCAUCAUAUAUCCGCUCGUUGCCCUUUGUGGAAUCAACGUCACACCUCUGAGGAAAAUGGCCGCAGGGAUGAUUUUUGCAGCGCUGGCCUUUGGAGCGGCCACACUGGUGGAGCUGAACGUCAUUAAAACAGUGGUGAGUCCUGCACCUGCCGGGAAGUGUCUCCUGCAGGUAUACAACCUGGCAAAAGGUGAUGUCACUCUGCAGUUCCCCAGUGGCACACCGUUCCCACAGCCCAUCCCAUACCUCCAGGAUCCUCCUAAUUAUGUGACCAUUCCGUUGGAGGCGCCCAGCAAGGAAAUGCUUAUUACAGUCAUGCUCAAUGGAGAAUCAUCUGUGUGUACCCAGACGUUUAAGCAAGAGGAGGCCUACAGUCUGAUCUUAUACAACCAGACAACAGGAAUUCAGUGCAAACUCGUGCCCGACAACAUACAGAAAAGUGGAGAUGGGAAUCCAAUUCUGAGGUUCCUCAACACACAGCCGGAGGCAAUAAACGUUACGGUUGCAGAUGAGACUUUCCACGCCAUCAGCGGUUAUAGCAUGACUCCUAACAAGACUGUGCCAUAUGGAGAAUACCAUGAUGUCAGCUGCAGAAUGAAUUCAGGGAAGUGCUCAGGUCUUGACCUGGGCCUGCUGGAAUUUGGAGCUGUCUACACUGUCAUACUCAUGGAGGAACUUGAUCUAAUUAAGCCUUACAAAAUGGUAGAUGUGAAAGCCAACAGCAUAAACAUUGCCUGGCAGAUUCCUCAGUACGUCCUGAUAACUAUGGGGGAGGUCAUGUUCUCUAUUACAGGCCUGGAGUUCUCCUACUCACAGGCUCCAGCCAACAUGAAGUCAGUCCUACAAGCUGGCUGGCUGCUCACCGUUGCAUUUGGGAACAUCAUAGUGCUGAUUGUGGCAGAGGGGGCUGGAUUGGAACAGUGGAAAGAGUUCGUGCUGUUUGCUGGCCUGCUAUUAGGCGUCUUCAUCAUCUUCUCCAUCAUGGCCUACUUCUACACCUACGUUGACCCCGAGGAGGUCGAGAAGGUCUACCUGGAGGAUUCAGGGAAGGAGGAAAAUGACGAUGACAACAAAAAGGAAAAAACAACUGACAUGCAGUUGAAAAAAAGGGUGAAGAGCACCAGACUGUAACUGUGCCAUUCUUCGUUGCUGUAGCUGAUUUUUUAAUUUUGCUAAAAAAGAUGAAGUAUUGAAUGUAUUAGACAAAGACACAUCAGGAGAAGGUACCUUGUUUUAAUUCAGACUCUUUUUUUUCUUUUCAUGUUUUGGUUUUGAGGUACUUUUUUUGUGAGAAAAUGAACCAAUUUUUGUGGUUUGAAGUUCAGUAUUUGUUUGCCAUUAUCUUUUGCCAAAUCUUUCUGAUCACUCCAGUAUAUUCUAAAAUCAAGACCAACGAGGAAAGAGAAGUAUUUUCUGAAUGAGACUGAAUACUGUUAAUACAUGAAGUACUGAAGCAAAAUACUAUGUGAUUUCCCACACCUUGAUCAAAAAAUAGUGUUAUUGCAGAUGAAUGUCAAAUAUGAUAUACUCUAUAUAUGUGUUGCAUAUUAACUCCAUGUCAAAAUGUUAUAUUUUCUAUGAUAGUAACCUAUAUUGAUUUUGACAGAACCCUUUGGAGAAAGGGUUCAGUUUACUUUGUGUAUAUGACAAUAAUACUAAGGGACCAUAGUUACUGGUGGUUUUGCAUGUGAUAGGCCAUUACUAAAAAUCUGCAGAUAACAUUACUGCUAGCUGUUUCGCAAAGCGCACCAUAUGUUUUUUUGAUUGCUGACCUGCCAUUAAGGAAGCUAAGGAAGUUAUCUCUCCUCCCCAGACUCAAAGCUCUUGUGGGUUCUUAGAUCAGGCAGAAUCUACCUCAAUUGAUCCAGUUUGCCUGCUUCCGUAGCUGCAGCACAAUGCGUUUGUGUGCUAAUGUUUCAAUCAAUCAAUCAAUCAAUCAAUCAAUCAAUCAAUCAAUCUUUAUUUGUAUAGCGCCAAAUCACAACAAAGUCUCAAGGCACUUUACACAUAGAGCAGGUCUAAACCGUACUCUUCAGGUUUUAAUUUUAAAGAGACCCAACAUUCCCACAUGGCGACAAACAGGCAGAACCAGGUUCAAAGUAGGCGGCCAUCUGCCUCGACCGGUUGGGUUAGUGGGGUAAUGUUUCACAUCUGGCAACCUGGGGUGUCGAAAUUAGCGGCGUCAACUUAAUCUCAUAGAAAUACGUGAAAUGACUACGACCUCCUCUUAACACUGUAUUACGUGUUGGUGGCACGUGAUGCGUUAAAAUCACGCACCAGCACCAUGAUCAGGUUGAAUGGGCAGUGGGCAGAAUUUCAAUUUAGUAUGUUUCCUUAAUUGAUCAAAUAUCAUGUCAUUUUAUGAGCUAGUACAGUAAAUCUACCACAUAUUGGUCCUUUAAUACAUCAGGAUGAUCAUUUGUUUACCUUAAUUUUUUUGUGAGCUACACUUCUGUAAAAACAGAGUUAUAUACCUCUAAUGUAUCAUCCUUGAAUCAUACGAUAAGUCCAUAUAUAGACAUGAUGAUGUUGUUAAUUAUGCUAUUGUACGAUAAGUUGAUAACAAUAAUUGUGACAGGCCUAUGUGCUGCCAGUAACAUCUGGCAUCUGACAGCAUUCUUUAAUACAUGACAUAAGGAAAACAGUGCCUACUUGCAGCUGUAUUACAGUACGGUACAACAACAUUCAAGAAGCUUUCAUGUCUGGAUGGUGGGAAUUAAAUACAUCUAAAUGGAAAACAGUCAGCAAUAUUGUAAAGCACAGUAUGUGAUUUGUAGUUUGUGUGCUAAAACAUGCGAAACCACUAAAACUGUAUCAUCCUGUAAAGUCAUAAAAUACUUGUUGAACACUUUAUUCAGGGAAAUGUGUAAAUGAUGCUGCUCCCUGUAAAGUUAACUGUAAAUAGACUAUUGUGAUGCUGAAACUUGUUUUUUGUGCUGUUGGAAAUUUGAAUGAACAUUUAAAAUAUG